CGGAGAUCUGAAGACAUAAAUGAAAAGCCAUCAAUUCGGUGUCAAAUUGGUGUCGCACAAGAAGUGCGAUUACUCCGGACCAGCACUUCCAUUAACAUGUUACAGCACACUGUGAGGAGGAAUAUUGCUGUUGUGCCAGCUCAGGCUGUAGCAAUGCCUCUUCUGGAUGAAAGCCCUCUACUCAGAGACUGCCCUCCAACUGUUCCAGUCAUAAUCAUUGGAAACGGCCCUUCGGGUAUCUGUUUAUCAUAUCUACUGAGCGGCUAUGCUCCUUACUUAGAUCCAGCAGCCGAGCAUCCUAAUCCCAUACUUUACCAAAAACUACAAAAGGCUAAGCAUCUGCCUAUUAUAGAGCAGGAUCUGGAAUAUCUGUGUGAGGGUUUAGAGGGUCGUUCAGGCAACCCAGUGGCUGUACUAUUCGAUACAUUACUUCACCCAAAUGCUGACUUGGGCUUCGAGAUUCCUUCAGUACUGCAGUGGAAGCUGGAGAAGCAGCACCACAUCCCCCAUGUGGUACUAGGCAAGGGCAAACCAGGAGGAGCCUGGCAUGCAAUGGAAGGAUCUAUUCUCACCAUUAGUCUGGGGAUUUGGAUGGAGCUGCCAGGGGUCAACUACAGGGACAUUACCCCUGAAAAAAGGAGGAAUGUGACCAAUGACCGGGCCACUCCAGACGAGCUCUCCUCCUACUAUAAGAAUUAUGUAAAGAUCAUGGGCCUCCAGAAGAACUUUGUAGACAACGCCUAUGUCACCUCGAUUCAAAAACUCCACCGUGGUCAUGACGUUAGCUUUGAAAAAGAAGAUAGGAUUGAAAAUGACACCAAAAACGGUCAGAGGAACAGAAUAGAAAAUCGGUUUGACCCCUGUAGUCAAAACAGAACAGAAAACAGUAACAGUGGAAGGGACAAGGAAUUGAAGGGUUUUAAAAAUGCAACAGAGAAUGAAAGAGGUAAAACAGGAGAGGAGGAUAGCAGGAAAAAGAAGGACAUGGAGGACAUUAGAGACAGCAGGAUUCCUCAGGGGUUUUCACAGGGACUAUGGGAGGUCAGGGGUUACCAGCAGCUUCAGGGUGACACCCAUAUUCCUUUUAGCCUUUUUGCUGAGAAUGUUGUCUUAGCAACUGGGGCAUCUGACUUGCCAGCUCGCUUAGGUGUGGAAGGGGAAGAUUUUCCUUACGUGUUCCACAGUGUGUGUGAUCUUGGCAUAGCUAUCAACCACCAUGAGAACCUGGGCCCUGCUUCUGACCCAGUCCUGGUGGUUGGAGCAGGCCUUACUGCAGCUGAUGCUGUGCUGUGUGCCUACAACAACAGCAUUCCUGUGCUGCAUACAUUCCGUAAGCAAACCGAUGAUCCCAGUCUAAUCUUCAAACAACUACCGAAAACGAUAUACCCUGAGUAUCACAAGGUCUAUCACAUGAUGUGUUCUCAGACCUACCUGGCAAGCCCCACUGUCAACCCUGGUGCCAACCCUGCAGUUCAUAAUGCUUCCACAAAACUGCACCAAGACUACACCAGCUUCCCUGAGCACUGCGUGCAUUCUUUUCAGCCUGACAUGCACUGCAUAUUAAGGGGAUCGAAUGGCAUUCUGAGAGCCUUCAAAGUGUCAAUGGUGCUGGUUCUUAUUGGAACCUAUCCUAGUCUGUCCUUUUUGAAGGAGCAUGGUCGGUACCUGGGUUUGGACCCCAGCAAGCCCAUCUCCUGUAGGCACAACCCAGUGGAUAUAAACCCAUACACAUUUGAAUGCAGUGCUGAGCCAGGCCUUUUUGCCAUGGGUCCCCUGGUUGGGGACAAUUUUGUGCGUUUCCUCAAGGGAGGUGCUCUGGGCAUUGCAAGCUGCCUGGCCAAGAGACUGAAACAGAUGAAGAAGAAAGGGAAACUGAUUGCUGAUGAGGAUGAUAGUAGAGGAGGAGGGGGAUUUGUCUGAAGUCUAUGGAAUAAUUUGUAUAAAGGAAGUGCCAAAUUAUUUUUAAUAGUUAAUGGAGUGAGUACAUAUAUUUUAAUUAUACAGCUUUCUUAACAUUUUUAAAGUAAGUAAAUUAUGCAUAUGACUGUAAGCUAUAGGAGAAUAUUAAAAAAAAAAAAAGGACCCAUGACAGCUGUCUAACAAAAAGGGUAACACAGGUAUUUGGAAUAAUGUGCCAAAUUUUUAAGUUACUCAGGCUAAUGUUACAGGUUGUCAUGAUGUUGCACAUACUAUAAAUUAUGUUUUGUUUACUUGUUAUUACAUGCUUUAAGACACCCUUCACAGUUAAAGAUCCCCUAACUGCAACAAAACACAAAUGGUUUUUAGUCUCAUGCAAGCAUGAGCAGGCAGUCAGAUAUGAAGCUCAUGGGACAAAGAAAGGCCAUUAACAAGCUGCACUACAUGUUUACAGCAUUCAUUCACUCAUCAUUUUUAACUGCUUUAUCCUGGUUAGCGUUGCUGUGUUUUAAAUGACUCAUUUGUUUACACAGUGUUUUGAGAAACAGAACCAAUUAAGUCCAUUCGAAAAUAUCACAAGCAGGUGCACAAACAAAAACAAUGAUCAGAAUUGUUCAAACUUUCUAUGAGAGAGGGAAUUUAGAAUUUAACAAACCUGUGAAUUAUGGAAUAAUCAGAGUUGGGUAUAACGUGUUACAAAGUAACAUAUUACUGUAUUCUAAUGACUUUUUCUGAUAACGCAGUAAUGUAACGCAUUACAUUUUAAAUGUAUGUAAUUUGAUUACAGUUACUGGUGUCAAUAGAAUUAUGAUACUUGCGUUACAAAUUUAUUGUUAAGAAAAUAAUAUUAAGUAAAAUGCAUUUUUUAAAUAAAAUCGCUCUCAAUUCUGCCAAACGCUAACUCACAAAGUCAGUGUGAGGUAAAAUGGAUAUAUAUAUUUUUUUAAACCAGUAAAGGGGUUUAAACUGAAACACUAACAUCCUCUGAUGCUGAGCAGGAAAACAAGGUGUGUAAAUGUCUAUAUGAAUUCCUGUUUUUGUGAACAUGAUAUGAGCAGAGCAUAAGGAAAGAUAAUGUACUCUGCAUGACACUGUAGCAGCUAAACCCAUACAAUGAUAGCUUACUUGUGCCUCCCCUUGGCUAGCGACACCACACUAGCCUAGUUAGAAAAGUUUUAUAUUUUAUCGGUAUGGUUGUCCUACAAACAGUGACAACACGAGGCAAGUUUUUAUGAUAAAUCCUACUUUUUCUGAUCGUACAUUGGCAGACUAAAAUUACUGAAAGAGUUUCAAUUUUUAGUGUAUUUUUGUAGGUUUGAUAGGUUUUGAUUAACUUGAAAAAUAAUUAGUAAUAUGAUUACUUUUUACAUGCAGUAAUCAGUAAUGUAAUCAAAUUACAAUUUUAAAGUAGUAAUUAGUAAACUGUUGUGGAUUACUUUUUUGAGUAAGGUUAUUCACAUGAAAUUUUCACCAGACAUCAGUAUUAAGUCAAGAAAUCUGGAAAUAUAAAGAAUUCACUGCAUUGAAGUCCAUAAAUAAAGUUAUGUGUAAUAAAGUGGAAUGACACAGGAAAAAAGUAUUGAACGCGCUAAGAAAAAGCAGUUCUCCAAGGCAAGAUAAGGCAAGGAACCAGCUGAAAUCUGUAAGUAAUUAUACCUCCUAUCUGUGCAAAUUAAUAUCAGCUGGGUUAGUAAACUGAUGGUCUAUAAAAAGGCUUUUCAUUACCAAGGUGUCACACAAGAAACAUCUCAGGAUGGGUAAAAGCAAAGCGCACUUCCAAGACCUUCACAACCUUAUUGUUGCAAAGCAUAUUGAUGGAAUCGGAUACAGACGUAUUUAAAAACUUCUGAAUCCUCCAGUAAGCACCAUUGGGGACAUUAUCCGCAAGUGGAAGCAACAUCACUCCGUCAUCAACCAGCCAUACACAGGAGCUCCUCGCAAGAUUUCUGUCCAUUAAGUAUUAAAUAAAUUUCAGUUAGCGUGUUCAAUACCUUUUUUCUGUGUCAUUCCACUUCAUUACACAUAAUAUUAUUUAUGGACUUCAAUGUUGUGAAUUCUUUAUAUUUCCAGAUUUCUUGAGUUAAUACUGAUGUCUGGUGAAAAUUUCAUGUGAAUAACCUCAUAGGAAAUAUAUUUACUGAAACAAAUGUUGACACGUUCAAUACUUAUUUUCCCCACUGUAUAUAAUAAUAUAUAAUUAUAUUUGAUCUUACAGAUUUUUUAACCAACUUUUGUCCUAUACUCUAUGCCAGGUUGUGUGCCUAUCACCAAAGGGCUGGUUCCAGCCAAGCAGGAACGUCAUCUGAUUCCAGCUAUUUAAUCAUUUGAUUUUGGUCUCUUGAUGACUCAUAUUUGAUAGCACACCUGUCCUUUUAGAUAAGACUGAAGAGCCCUGCUGACUACAUUAAUCUUCCCAUGCCUUACAACAAGUAAGGUAUGUAGCAUAGUCGCCUGAAGAAUAUGUAAAUACAGUCAAGUUGCCAAAAUCAAAAUAAGGAAAUCAAAUGUGUUCCAAACUUGAACGAAUUCUGAAUUAAAUUUGUGUGACUGCUCAAACUUGUACAAUAAAAAAAAAGUUUUGAUACAUGUUUUG